AUGCCCGGAAGCUCCAGUGACGGUUCGGCUUCCAACCUCAUUUCCCAUGAUACCAUCCGCCAACACUGCUCCGACAUAAUCCACGGCUUCUUUGAGAUGAUCAAUACUAGGCAAUUCGAUACAAAUCUUGGAUUCUGGACCCUCAACAUUGCAUCAAACUACACAUAUGCCGGCCUGCACGGCGAUAUCGCCGCAUACGACGCCGUAGACCUGGCUGGACAUCUCAAGAAUUUCGAAGGUUUGACGAAGGAUGUAUUCCCGGAUUUUCGAUUGGAAGUCGUGGAUGUUUGGACAGAGAUGAACAUGAGGGGAGAGGAUGUCAGGACUUUUAUGAAUUGGUUGCAGGUGAAUUGUCCGCCGGGCAUUGUGAAGCCGAGUGCCGCGGAGAUCAAGUGGAGGAGGGAGGAGGGUAGGCUGCAAAUUUGGGAGGUCAGAACCAUGGGUGGUGGGGCGGUUUAG